GACAACAAACCCAACAGCACAACAAACUUAACAGCACAACAAAGCAAACAGCACAACAAAGCCAACAGCACAACAAACCCAACAGGACAACAAACCCAACAGCACAACAAACCCAACAGCACAACAAACUUAACAGACCCAACAGCACAACAAAGCCAACAGCACAACAAACCCAACAGCACAACAAACCCAACAGCACAACAAACCCAACAGGACAACAAACCCAAUAGCACAACAAACUUAACAGACCCAGCAAACCCAACAGACCCAACAGGACAACAAACUCUCAACAGCACAACAGACCCUACAGACCCAACAAACUCAACAGACACAACAAACCUAACAGCACAACAGACCCAACGAACCCAACAGCACAACAAACCCAACAGCACAACAGACCCAACAAACCAAACAGCACAACAAACCUAA